AUGAUGAAAAAGGGUGUUGUUCUACUGCUAUUAGCAACAGUAGCACCAUCUUUGGCAUGUUUUAGCAGUGGUUGCUGUUGUAAAGGUUGCGCUAAACCAAUCAAAGGACAACCACAAAUAAAAGGAUACCCUGCUCCACCACCACCACCACGUCCAUACCCGUUACCGCCAUCAUAUGCAGCACUACCACAAGCACCGGUAUAUUCAGCACCACAAGCACCAAUAUAUUCAGCACCACAAGCACCGGUAUAUUCACCGCAACAAGCACCAGUAUAUUCACCUCCACAAGCACCGGUAUAUUCGGGAGCGCGACCUCAGGCCGAUGGUUAUGGUGCAGGGCCACCUGUUGCUGUGGCCAUACCUAUUGGAACAUAUUCGAGUGGACAAAGUGCUAAUGUGCAAAGUAUUGGCUUAGCACAGCCCGCUGGAGCACUCAGUAUCGGGACUGGUGGCGCUUACUCUGGGUAA